AUGAAGCUCUUUCAAAUUCUUAGUUUUGUCUCCGCGGCAACUGUUGGAGCCGCGCUUGGAAACAAGGUGAACUACGAUGGCUACCAAGUCUACCGCCUCAAAGCUCAAAAUGACAAUAUUGAGAAAAUCAACGACAUUGUCUCUUCACUGGAUCUCCAAACAUGGAAAAAAUCGGCCAAACUUGGCACAGCUGAUGUGGUUGUACCUCCAGAGCAUGUAGACAAUUUUUUGAGAAUAACCGAGGAUAUGCAGCGAGAGGUUAUGCACAGCAAUCUUGGAGAGUCCAUUGCGGAAGAGGGACACACCGAUACAUACUCCACAGAAGCUGUCCUCUCACCAAAUGCUACGUGGUUCACCGCGUAUCAUGCAUAUGCAGACCAUAUACAAUUUCUCAAGGAUUUGGUCGCUGCACAUCCAGGAAACGCCGAGAUCGUAACGGCUGGAAAUUCUAUUCAAGGCAAUGCCAUUACCGGAAUUCAUAUCUAUGGCAGUUCCGGUAAAGGAGUCAAGCCAGCUGUGCUCUUUCAUGGCACCGUGCAUGCUAGAGAAUGGAUUACAACGUUGGUUGUAGAGUACAUGGCUUACAACCUUUUGACAAAUUAUGCUACCAGCACCGAGAUCAAAGGAUUUGUCGAUAAAUAUGACUAUUACAUCUUCCCAGUUGUGAAUCCUGAUGGCUUUUUGUACACCCAGAGCACAAAUCGUUUGUGGCGCAAAAAUCGUCAGACACCACCGUCAUCCUCAACUUGUUAUGGUAGGGAUAUCAACCGUAACUGGGCAUAUAAAUGGUCAACCACAGGUGGAGCUUCUACGGACCCUUGUGCCGAAGAUUACAGAGGUGUCGCUGCGGUGGACGCUCCGGAAACGAAAGCACUUGCUGCAUACGCCAACGCUUUGAAGACGGCCCAAGGAUUGAAGCUUUUUAUUGAUUUCCACUCGUACUCUCAACUUUUUAUGACUCCGUACGGCUACUCUUGCACUGCUUUGCCAGAGAACAACUCCCAGCUUCAAUCACUGGCAGCAGGUUACGUUUCUGCCGUCAAAGCAGUGUAUGGAACCAGCUUCAAAUACGGACCUAUCUGUUCCACCAUUUAUCAAGCCACUGGGACUAGCGUAGAUUAUGUCGAUGCGACCGUUGGUGCUGAUUUCACCUUUACCACGGAAUUGAGAGAUACUGGAACUUAUGGUUUUGUUCUGCCGGCUAGCCAAAUCACACCCAGUGCCAUUGAGGCCUAUGCUGGAGUGAGAUCUUUGUUGAUUAAUAUGACAUGA